AUGGCCAUGAUAGUUGAGCUUACCUCUGCGUCGAAGGCGGAGAGCAUUGCAAAGGUGGCGACGAUUAUAGAGUUUUGCAAAUUAUGUUCAUGUAAGGUCAGUGAAAAAGUGAACAACGCCCUUCUUCAGCUUAUUUGGAAGGAAAAAACAAAAAAUGAAAAAACUUGGGACGUUAAUCAAGUUCAGCUGGUGCACAUCACGGCCACGGACACGGCUAAAUUGGUGUGA